GCUUAUCACUCUUCCUUCAAUGAAUUUGACGCUCGUCAAGCGGGGAACAUGUCUAUCCUGCCAAUCAAAACUAGAUACCGCGGCCCAGCUCCAACCGCUGACCCAGACCAGGCGGAUAUAAUAGAUGAGACGCUUGACCUGUUCAGGGCGAAUUCUCUGUUCCGCAAUUUCGAGAUUAAGGGACCCGCCGACCGCAUCCUUAUUAUACUCAUCCUCUUUGUCUCCGAUUGCUUGUUCAAGAUCGGAAGUGCUCGGACGGUUCCAACCGCUCUGGAAGCUUCAAAAAUGCUGAAUACUCUCGCCGUGGACAACUUUCCUAUCCCGGGAGAUGCCAAUUUCCCCCUGAAUGCCCAUUACGCACCACCUGACAGCAGGGUGGAUGCAGACUAUUUGCGCACGUAUCUAACGCAGGUCCGCCAAGAGCUGGCUGCUCGGUUGGCGGAACGAUUAUACGCGGAUGGCACCAACAAGCCCAAUAAGUGGUGGAUGGCUUUCCAGAAGAGGCGCUUUAUGAAUCGCAGUCUGGCUGCAUGA